CUUGAGCUGGGGUAGGACUAGCAGUCUCGCCCUGAACAGGGCUGAGGAUGGCUGCGCCUGGCUACUUCCCGCUGCUGGUCGAGGGGUCCUGGGGUCCCGAUCCCCCGAAGAGCUUGAUCACCAAGCUGCAGUUGUACUUCCAGAGCCGGAAGAGAUCGGGAGGCGGGGAGUGUGUGGUCCGACAGGAACCAGGCAGCCCGGCCCGCUUCCUAGUGCUCUUCCACCCGCUUGACGUUCGGCAGAACGUUCUGGAGAGAGGGAACCAUGAGUUAGUAUGUCCAGGAAAAGAAACAUUUAAGUUAACGGUCAAGUUGCCUCCAGCCACAAAUGAAGUUCAUGGUGCCUCUAAGGAGAAAAUUCCAGCAACGGAAUCCAAGGCCAAAGAACAUGACAAAGAAUCAGUUCACGCUGAGCUGGGUUGGGGCUCAAUGGUGGAAACCAGCAAGUGGAAGAACUAGAGGAGAGAUGA